CAAAGCUCCAAAAAUAAAAAAAAAUAAAAAGUCACACGAACAAAUACUAAACAAAUGACUCUCGCGUAGCCCUAAAGCCCAUAAAAAAAUAUACAAAAAAAAUACAUAGCUUCACAUGAGACUUGUUAAAAAAGGAAGAGACCAAGAUGAGUUUGACAGAGAUGAUGCGGGGCAAGGCGAUGCCGGUGGAGAAGAAGACCGACAUUAAGUUGGCCCAACAUGACUUUGCAAAUGUUCGCGUUACCCAAAUCGGUUGUGUGAUGGGUGUCCUGGCCGAGGCGAUUGAGAGGGUCAAGAUCUCUCUUAUUCUACCCAAAUUGCUAGAGCACCCUACACACGUGGCCAAGGUCCUCAAUGGCACUGAAUUCGAGCCCGCCGUCCGUCUGAUAAGAUCCUAUGUGCGACGCCGACAUUUCAUUUUGAAGGAGAAGCGACCACCUCUGAUGGACCAUGGCAUUAUUCAGAUCAUCGACUUCUUUCAGCGCAACUGCGGGAUGUACCAUCUCUUUCCGCGCUACUACAACCACUUGAAUGAAGAAGAAAUGAAGUUGCUAAAGGCCUAUGAGAUGCUCUAUGACUUGACCAAGGACCGCUUGUACCAGACAUCGACAGACGCCAUCCUCCAAGAGCGCCAGUUGCAUGCCAUGUACAAGGAGAACGAGUUGGUCACGGAGCAGGUGGAGGCCAUGCGUCGCAAGAUUCAGGAGCAAAAGGUGGCCGUUCGAUGGCGUAUCGCCGCCAAGGAGGCUUAUGUGAAGAACUACGAGGACACGCUUAUGAAGAAAAAGCGUGAGAAAAACGACCGAAUUCAGAUGGAAGUUGAUCGCUGUACUCGAAUAGUUCGGACCAGCAAAAAGGCCAGUCUCGAACGACAGGCCGAACUCGAGGAGGAGAUUGAAAACACUCGCAAGAACUACGAAAUCUCGACCAAGGCCUACCAGAAACUUGAAAAGAACCUUCGCGAGGAAAAAAACAAGUAUAUCCUGCAGCUGCAGGCUCUUAUCAAAAAAUACGAUAAUGUUAUUGGCGAAAAGAUGAUUGAAAACAUUGAGCUGAAGGAGCAGGGCAAGGCGGCCAAGAAGGAGCUGGACGAAUACAUGGUCGGAUUCAGGAAGCUGGAGCGAGUCUACAAGAAUAUUGUCGUGAAACGCGAGGAGGAGGAAGCCAAACGGCGCCAGAACCGUGUCAUGCUCUUCACAAUGAAUCGCGCCGCCUCCAAGAUCCAGAAAUAUUGGAGAAAGUGGAAGAAACACAUGCGCAAGAAAAACAAACGUCUCAGGAAGAACUAGGGUCUUUCAUCCUUUUUUCGCAAGCCAA